AGCGACGGCGGUUAACGGGAUUCUCUUCAGUUCAUCUUUUGAGCACCGCUCCUACCUCCCUCCUGCUUUCUUAACCCGUGUCGCAGCGAAAAGAGAGAGAGAGAGAGAGAGAGAGAGAGAGAGAGAGAGAGAGAGAGAGAGAGAGAGAGAGGAGAAUAGUGAAUAGGUUUCCGCAUCAUUCCAGAUGGCUGCCUUUGAAUCAGCAGCGGAUGGAGAUGGAAGUGGGUUCGCUGGUGCAGGCGCUGAAACGCCAGUGCUUUGAGCGCGCGCUGUCCGGCACCGCUCCGGAGACGGGCGGCUCUCUCGUGACAACUCCCCGCUCGGAAGCACCUCGCGUUCGUCUUGAGGUUAGACGGAGUUUAUGCUGGAAAGUUCAGUGCCGUGGAUGGAAUGCUGUCCUGACAGGGUUUUGGGCUUUAUGAAAAUCGAGAACAGUUCGGCAUUUUCUUGGCCCAUUUCCUCAGUGAACACCAUAAUGUAACGAUCCUAGUCACUCUGACUGAACAUCUGAAUUGGUGUCUUCUUUCAAAGCCAAAUCACGCUAGUCAGCCGGCACAGUGCAAUGGUCACAUGAGUGCAGCAUGAUCACCAGUCAACCAAUCCACUCCUUCUGCCUGGUUCAGUGACCAAUCAGAGACUCUGUACCACACAUGUGCGGUGUUUGCCAUGAAUCUGACCGUGAAGCUGCGGAGGAACCUGAGGAGGCUGGUCAUCCUUCUCGCCACGUUCUGUAUGGUCAGCGUAAUAAUCUCCGCCUACUAUCUAUACGCCGGCUCCGCCCAGGAGCUGGACCUGUCGGACCACAGUGCUGGACCUGACUGCGGCGACCUGCGGUCGCUGCCCUUCCGUCAGGUGGAGCCACGGACGCCGAAGCCCAUGGACACGUCGAGGAAGGACCCUGUGGUGCUGGUGUUCGUGGAGAGCCAGUACUCGCAGCUGGGGCAGGACAUCAUUGCAAUCCUGGAGUCGAACCAGUUCCACUACCAGGCGGAGAUCGCUCCAGGCAAGGGAGACCUCCCGCCGCUGACGCACAAGGGCCGUGGGCGCUAUGCCCUGGUCGUCUAUGAGAACGCGCUGAAGUACGCCGGCAUGGACGCCUGGAACCGUGAGCUCCUGGACAAGUACUGCGCUGAGUAUGGCGUGGGCGUGGUGGCCUUCCACCGAGCAGGCGAGAACGCCCAGCCCAUACUACGCCUCGGGCCCUUCCCCCUCACACUGCUCACCAACGUGGCGCUGCGUGACUGCUGCGUGAACCCGCGCGCGCCGCUCCUUUACGCCACGCGGCCUGAGGUGGACCGGGGCCUGUUGCCCGGCGACGACUGGACUGUCUUCCGCUCCAACCACUCCACGUAUGAGCCGGUGCUGCUGGCCAAGCCGGCGCCUGCCAGCAGCGGCGCCGGUCGCCAGGCGCUAGCUGGCGGCCUGGGCCUGUGGGCCACUGUAGUGCAGGAUCUCGGGCUGUACGACGGGGUGCAGAGGGUGCUGUUUGGCCAAGGACUGGGCUACUGGCUCCACCGGCUGAUCCUGGUGGACGCCAUCGCAUACCUCACCGGGGGAAUGCUGUCCCGCCCACUGGAACGCUACAUCUUGGUGGACAUCGACGACAUCUUCGUGGGGAAGAAGGGGACGCGGAUGAACGUGGAUGACGUGAAGGCUCUCCUAGAGACACAAAACAUGCUGCGAACUCAAAUCUCAAACUUUACAUUCAAUUUGGGCUUCUCUGGGAAGUUUUUUCACACAGGUACGCAGGAGGAAGACGCCGGCGAUGACCUCUUGCUGAAAUAUGUUAACGAGUUCUGGUGGUUUCCACACAUGUGGAGUCACAUGCAGCCCCACCUCUUCCACAACCAAUCGUCCCUGAUGGAACAGAUGAUCCUCAACAAGGAAUUUGCCCUGGAGCACGGUAUCCCCGUGAAUAUGGGCUACGCUGUAGCACCUCACCACUCAGGAGUCUACCCAGUCCACAUGCAGCUGUACGAGGCGUGGAAGAGUGCAUGGGGCAUCCGUGUGACCAGCACAGAGGAGUACCCGCACCUCAAACCCGCACGCCACCGCAAGGGCUUCAUCCACAGUGGCAUCCUGGUACUUCCGCGCCAGACAUGCGGCUUGUUCACACACACCAUUUUCUAUAAGGAAUACCCAGGAGGGCCCAAGGAACUGGACAAGAGCAUACGAGGAGGAGAGCUCUUCCUCACUGUCCUCCUGAACCCUAUUAGCAUCUUCAUGACUCAUUUGUCUAACUAUGGGAAUGAUCGCUUGGGUCUGUACACGUUCGUGAACCUGGCCAACUUCCUGAAGUGCUGGACCAAUCUGAGACUCCACACGCUCCCCCCGAUCGAGCUCGCGCACCACUACUUCUCCCUGUUCCCUGAGCAGAGAAACCCACUCUGGCAGAACCCGUGUGAUGAUAAGAGGCACAAGGACAUUUGGUCUAAAGAGAAGACCUGUGACAGGCUACCAAAGUUUAUGGUGGUUGGACCUCAGAAAACUGGCACUACAGCUCUCUACCUCUUUCUUCUCAUGCAUCCCUCCAUCUCCAGCAGUUUCCCCAGCUCCAAGACCUUUGAGGAGGUCCAGUUCUUCAACACAAAUAACUACCACAAAGGCAUUGACUGGUACAUGGAGUUCUUUCCUGUGCCAUCGAAUGUCAGUACAGAUUUCUUGUUUGAAAAAAGUGCAAACUACUUCCCCUCAGAGGACACACCCAAAAGAGCUGUUGCACUGUUGCCCAAAGCCAAGAUCCUGACGCUGCUCAUCAACCCCUCUGAUAGGGCCUACAGCUGGUACCAGCACCAGAGAGCCCACGAGGACCGCACGGCUCUACGUUUCAGCUUCUACGAGGUGAUCUCAGCCAAUCAUCAUGCUCCGUCAGAGCUGCGCUCCCUACAGGGCCGGUGCCUGGUGCCCGGCCUGUAUGCCGUCCACCUAGAGAGAUGGCUCACCUACUACCCUCCCAGUCAGCUGAUGAUAAUAGAUGGGCAGCAACUGAGAAACGACCCAGCAGCUGUGAUGGAUGAGGUGCAGAAGUUCCUGGGCGUUUCCCCACACUUUAACUACUCCCAGGCACUCACGUUUGACCCUCAGAAGGGUUUUUGGUGUCAGCUGUUGGAUGGUGGCAGAACUAAGUGUUUGGGCAAGAGCAAAGGACGCAGAUACCCCGCCAUGGAUGCAGAGUCCCGGGACUUUCUUUCUCGCUUCUACAGGGAUCACAACAUCGAGCUGUCUAAGCUCCUCCAUCGGCUAGGUCAGCCUCUUCCUGCAUGGCUCCGCGAGGAGCUCCAAAAGGUCAGGUAGCACUAAGGUCAGAGGUCGAGGGUCACGACCGCAAAAGGACACCAAGCAAGUGGGCUUUCUGCAGCCAGAGGGGGCAAAGGUGACCAGCAAGCCACUGGAGCGGCCUUGUUUCCCCUGGCGACACGGAUGUGCCGCUCAGAGCGGAAGUACGCUGGGAACAGGAGGGAGGGGAUGGAGGAUGAACUGUAUCAACCCCUGAACACCGAACACAGUUUCACCCCCUACUUCAAGCGGUGAUGCCUAGUUCUCCAGCCCCAAGGGUCAUAACUCCCUGCAGGGUUCUGGUGCCUGAUGCCAGACCAGGGCAGGAAUGAACCUGCACUGGGCAGUCUGGCUUGGUGCCCCUGACUUAAAGCCUUUAUAACUGCUUCACAAGGACUUCACUGCUGCUCCAUGACACUGGGAAUCUGCCCUUGCACACUCAUCGAAGAGUGGACAGCGUGGGGGCGGAGCCAGGCAUUGACGACCGUCGACCUCAACGAGGCGGCAUUAAGCUGCUUGUUACUCGAACUGAACUGUCACAUUCCACACAGUCGAAUGCACUCGGAAGAAGAGACACAGUGUGAAAGUCAAAUAAAUCUAUCCUGAAUUAACAUCAACUUGAACAGCCCACUGCUGCUGAAAUCCUGAGAAUAACUUGGAGGCGUGUGCGUGCAUGUGAGCGUGUGUGUGUUCAGUUGUCAGGUAAGCCUUUUCUUUGCUCAUUCAGAUGGGCUUGAGCUGAUUGGUCCAUUGUGUGAAAUAUUCCCUCCGAUUCUUUUUGACAUUUGUCUCAUUUCAGUGAGAUGGUGGUGCUUUGGAAAUGUACAGAAAUAUAUAUAAAUAUAUUAAACACUGGAACUAUGUUUUAGUAA